AUGGCAGCCACCCUGCUCAUGGCUGGGUCCCAGGCACCUGUGACAUUUGAAGAUAUGGCCAUGUACCUCACUCGGGAAGAAUGGAGACCUCUGGAUCCUACACAGAGGGACCUUUACAGGGAUGUCAUGCAGGAGAAUUACGGAAACGUUGUCUCACUAGAUUUUGAGAUCAGGAGUGAGAAUGAAGUGAAUCCAAAGCAAGAGAUUAGUGAAGAUGUGGAAUUUGGCACUGCAUCUGAAAGACCUGUGGGGAACACUGAGGAAAAUCCUGAAAAUGAAGAAGCCUUUGAAAGCAGGGAGAGACCCGAAAGACAGUGGGGAGAUUUAACAGCAGAAGAGUGGGUAAGCUAUCCUCUUCAACAAGUCACUGACCUGCUCGUUCACAAAGAAGUCCACACGGGCAUCCGGUAUCAUAUAUGUUCUCAUUGUGGAAAGGCCUUCAGUCAGAUCUCAGACCUUAAUCGACAUCAGAAAACCCACACUGGAGACAGACCCUAUAAGUGCUACGAAUGUGGAAAGGGCUUCAGUCGGAGCUCACACCUUAUUCAGCAUCAAAGAACACACACCGGGGAAAGGCCUUAUGACUGUAAUGAGUGUGGGAAAAGUUUUGGAAGAAGCUCUCACCUCAUUCAGCACCAGACAAUCCACACUGGAGAAAAACCCCACAAAUGUAACGAGUGUGGGAAAAGUUUCUGCCGGCUGUCUCACCUCAUCCAGCACCAAAGGACCCAUAGUGGGGAAAAGCCCUAUGAGUGUGAGGAGUGUGGGAAAAGCUUCAGCCGGAGCUCUCACCUAGCUCAGCACCAGAGGACCCACACAGGUGAGAAGCCUUACGAGUGUAAUGAAUGUGGGCGAGGCUUCAGUGAGAGAUCUGAUCUCAUCAAACACUAUCGGGUGCACACGGGGGAGAGGCCCUACAAGUGUGAUGAGUGUGGGAAGAAUUUCAGUCAGAACUCCGACCUGGUGCGCCAUCGCAGAGCCCACACGGGAGAAAAGCCGUACCACUGUAACGAAUGUGGGGAGAAUUUCAGCCGCAUCUCGCACUUGGUUCAGCACCAGAGAACGCACACAGGGGAAAAGCCGUACGAAUGUAACGCUUGUGGGAAAAGCUUCAGCCGGAGCUCUCAUCUCAUCACACACCAGAAAAUUCACACCGGAGAGAAGCCCUACGAGUGCAAUGAGUGUUGGCGAAGCUUCGGAGAAAGGUCAGAUCUCAUUAAACACCAGAGAACCCACACCGGAGAGAAGCCCUAUGAGUGUGUACAGUGUGGAAAAGGUUUCACUCAGAGCUCCAACCUCAUCACCCAUCAAAGAGUUCAUACGGGAGAGAAGCCUUACGAAUGUACUGAGUGCGAGAAGAGUUUCAGCCGGAGCUCGGCACUUAUUAAACAUAAGAGGGUACAUACUGACUAA